AUGGAGAGGAGUUUUGAUGCUGGGGGCUUUAUUGACUCUCAACUCCUCCCGGGGACCGAGGAGUUCUUUCGGGAGGAGGACCUUGCUGCCCAAGCAAAGUGGGUUUAUCGCAGCCUCCUCCGAGCUACUGCCAUUGCCCGGAAGGUGGAGCCCAACCCUAGCUUUCUUCUUCCCUUUUACGUGAACGGCGAUUCUGUCCCGAGCUCUCUUCUUCUCUUCCACGGUUCCACCUCUGAUUCGGCGAUUCCUCCAUGCUCGAGAGAAGAAGACCCUGUCCACCGUGAAGGAAGUUGCCACUCCUUGCUCGAAGGCGUUCAGUCAUUGCCGCCGCAGGGUAGCCGUCGCUGGGUCGCCGUCGCUGAGGAGCAUUCCAUUCACCUAGCAGCAGUCCUGUCACGGAGCAGCAGUCCAGUUGCCAACAAGACUCCAGUGGCCAUCGCAGUCCAACACUCCAACUCGAGUGAUGAUAAGCAUAAAGCACUCCUGUCAGUCUGUGACCAAGCCAUCUCCUGCAAAAAGCAACUCCACAAUGUCUUCUUUGGAGCUUUUAGCACUGGUGGAAGAGUGCUUAACAACUAUAGGAGUUCUUUAACUCCAAAGACAGUUGAGGCAUUGAUAUGCACACAAAAUUGGCUUCGUGCUUCUCCGAUGACAACUGAUUUUGAGGAACUUAUUGAAGAGUUUGAGAAACUUGAAUUAGAAAUUGCACCAACCGGAGAAGAUGAAGAUGAGUCUGGUAUAGAUUCAGAUUAACUAUGGUGGUUGAUUGGCUGUUUGGUUUUUAGUUGUUUUAAAGUGACUGUUGCGGUUUAAAAUGUGUUUAUUUUUGUUAUUUUGCUAGACAUUUUUAAUUGCUUUUGUUUUAUAUUUAAUUAAGUUGAAUUUGUAUCAGAUUUGGAUGUGAUAUACUUUUGUUAUUCUAGUUUA